AUGCCUACCGUCGCUGUCGAUAAAGAAGACUUGUUCCAGCUCUUGGGAAGAACAUACAGUCACAAAGAGUUCGAUGAGCUCUGUUUCGAGUUCGGUAUCGAGCUUGAUGAAGACACAACUGAGGAUGUGAAGGGAACAGAUGAGCGUCCACAGUAUAAGAUUGAGAUUGCUGCUAACAGGUACGACAUGCUUUGUAUAGAAGGUAUUGCACAAGCUUUGAAUGAAUAUUUGGGAAGGGUUGAAUCACCUAAGUACACAUUAAAGCCAACUAAGCCCGUCGUUUCUUUGACUGUUGAUCCAUCGACUGAGGAAAUACGUCCAUAUGCUUAUGCGGCCAUCUUGAGGAAUGUGUCUUUCACCCCAAGAAAUUACGAAUCUUUCAUGGCUCUGCAAGACAAGCUUCAUACGAAUAUUUGUAGGCAGAGAACUUUGGUCGCAAUGGGAACACAUGACUUGGACACUGUGAAACCACCGUUCGUUUAUAAGGCACUUCCACCUGAGCAGAUUAAGUUCACACCAUUAAACCAGACCAAGGAGAUGAAUGGAAAAGAGUUGAUGGAGUUUUAUGAAAAGGACAAAAACCUCGGAAAGUAUCUUCAUAUCAUUAGAGACUCUCCUGUUUACCCUGUUGUCCUUGACUCGACUGGAAGAGUUUGCUCGUUGCCUCCUAUCAUCAACUCGGACCACUCCAAGAUCACCAUGGACACAAAGAAUGUCUUUAUUGAAGUUACUGCCACUGACCGUACCAAGGCUAACAUCGUGAUCAACCAGGUGGUAGCAAUGUUCUCUCGUUACUGUAGCGAUAAGUUCACUGUGGAGCCUGUUGAGAUUAUUUCUGACCACAACGGCGAAACUAGAGUUUGUCCUGAUAUUAAGGAGCGUACUAUGUCCGUCCAGAAAGAUUACAUAAACUCUUGCUUGGCCCUUGAUCUCUCCACUGAACAGAUUUGCCAAUUGCUUAAGAAGAUGGCCCUUACAGCCAAAGGUUCCCUCUCUGAUGAUAACGUCAUCGAUGUCCGCAUUCCUAUAACCAGAUCUGAUGUUUUGCACCAGUGUGAUAUCAUGGAGGAUUGUGCCAUUUCCUAUGGUUACAACAAUUUGGUUAAAACUUUGCCAAAGACAGAGGCUACUGUUGGACAUCCUUUGCCGAUCAACAAGGUUAGCGAUAUUCUUAGGAACGCUUCUGCACAGGCUGGCUGGCUCGAGGUUAUGACUUUAACCUUGUGCUCGCAUGAUGAGAAUUUCAAGUUCUUGAGAGGAGUCGAUGAUGAUAGCAAGGUCGUCAAGCUUGCAAACCCAAAGACUUUCGAAUACCAGGUUGUGAGAACAACCCUAAUUCCUGGCAUUUUGAAGACUAUCAGAGAGAACAAGCGUCAUUCUUUGCCUAUCAAGGUCUUUGAGGCUGGUGAUAUCGUCUUGAAAGAUGAUAGCAUGGAGAGAAAGGCAAGAAACCAGAGAAACUGGUGCGCAGUUUACGCCGGUAAAGUUUCUGGCUUUGAGUACAUACAGGGUCUUUUGGGUAAAAUCAUGCAAACCUUCAGAACUCCUUGGUUAGAAGAUCCAGUCAAGGGUGAUCACGGUUACUGGUUGGAGGAAACCGAUGAUAUCAAGAUGUAUUUCCCUGGAAGAGGUGCUAGAAUUAUGCUUCGUCCAAAGAAAGGUGACAAAGCCAUCGAAAUUGGUAAUCUUGGUGUUCUUCAUCCUGAAGUCUGCAACAACUUUGAUAUUCCAUUCGCUAUUUCUUCCGUCGAGAUUAACGCUGAGGUCUUCCUAUGA